CAACACGUGUUUUGUUUGGUUUGUUUUGGAUCUCAUCUACAAUUCUAUUUGAACAGCUGCACAGCAGAUUACCUAAUUUAAUUUUUUAAUUGAUCAAUAGAGGUACGCUACCAUAUUUAAUUCCUUUAAUCGAAAUUUAGGAGAGAGAAAAUUCUUGGUGAUACGAAAAUGUCGACUCUUAGUAUUCCUCCAACUUUGUCUUCUCCUCGUGAUGAUGUUGUCUGUCUUCACAAAGCCUUCAAAGGAUUUGGUUGUGACACUUCUACUGUGAUUGGUAUUCUUGCUCACCGUGAUGCUACACAGCGUGGGAUUAUUCAACACGAAUACAAAGCUAUGUACCAUGAAGACCUUCUCCAGCGUUUGAAGAAGGAGCUCAGUGGCAAUACAGAGGAAGCAGUUUUGCUUUGGAUGCAAGAUCCAGCAACGCGUGAUGCUGUUGUUGUGAGGAAAGCAUUGCUUGCAAAUGAUCUCAGAGGUGUCACUGAAGUUAUAUGUUCUCGUACACCUACGCAGAUAAUGACCUUCAAACAGAUCUACCUGGCAAAGUUUGGUUCCUACCUAGAGCAGGAUCUGGAAAGUUAUACUUCUGGGGAUCACAAGAAGCUUUUACUAGCAUAUGCAAGCUUACCGCGCUAUGAAGGUCCUGAAUUUGAUAUAAUGAUGGCAGAGAAUGACGCAAAGAUGCUAUAUAAAGCUGGAGAGAAGAGGCUAGGAACUGAUGAGGACAUGUUCAUAAACAUUUUUACUGGAAGAGGCAGGGCACACCUAGCUGGUAUAGAUUCAGCCUAUCAUAGCAUGUAUGGGCAUUCUCUUGAGAAGGCUAUAAAGAAGGAGACAUCAGGAUUGUUUGCAUUUGGUCUUCUGUCAAUUCUAAGAUGUGCGGAAAACCCAGCAAAAUAUUUUGCAAAGAGAUUGCGUAAAGCAAUGAAGGGCUUGGGAACUGACGACUCCACACUUAUCAGGGUUAUUGUGACAAGGGUCGAGAUUGAUAUGGUGUACAUAAAAGCCGAGUAUGCGAAGAAGUAUCACAAGUCAUUGGUUGAUGCAGUUCACUCAGAAACUUCUGGCAAUUACCGGAAAUUUCUUCUUGCUCUCCUGGGUCCUAACCAUUGAGUAUAUACCGUGUGUCUAUUGGGUAUGUUCAUAGAAUCUUUGGGAUUGAGCUUUUUAGAUUAUGUAUGCUGUGAAAACUUGGUACUUGCACCGAGUUGAUUGAUUUAUGUAUGAAUCGAGUCUUUUCUUGUAUUUAGAGUGUGCAAUUUUAAACUUAAUCCUUAAAUAUUGUCAUCCUUUUUAUUUUA